CAAGUAAUAUCUGAAAAAAUAAUCCGACAGUUGCAGUAAGUUGUUCUGUAAUAUUUUCAUAAUGAAAUGUGAUCUGUAACUGAGUGUAUCAACUCAUCUUCUGACUUGCAGUUUCGUAGGACAUUAGGACAUUGAUUACAGUGAGAUUAUUUCAGGUACACAAUUGUUUUAGUGCAUAAGUAUACUCUAAGUCUGUAUUAUGUAUGUAAUACAUAUUGUAACCUACUUACUGAAUGACAAUUCAUUGUCGAAUUAAAGACUAGAACAACAUAAAUGAGCGAAUAUCAUUGUUGUGAAUACGUUCUUUAACAGACUUUACACUAUGUAUUUAUGAAAAUAUUAAACUGAUCAAGGGAAUCCAUGGAUCAAUGAUCACAAUGAAAUAGAUCUCGGAACUGAACACAAUAGGUAAUAUGUACAAAUUGAUGGUUGUCAGAGAGGUGUACUAUUGUAGUAUUAUUGACAAGCGAAAUAAAAUAAUGGUAAAAGAAUUCAAGGUUCAUUGUCAUCUCCACAAAAUGUUCUUCCAAGUUAAUCAUGAAACGUAAACUUGACGGUGGCUGUAAUUUUUCUUCAAUAAAUUUUCAUCUGAUAGUUCAAUUCAUGAGAUAAAUAAAGCUGGAUCACGAUAGUAAACGUGAAAGCAAUGGUCAGCCGUUUCGUUGUAGUAUGUGACUUCUCAAUCAGCACAUAAUUCUGAUGUUCAUCAUGCACAAUCCACUGAUUAUAAUCACUCCAUAUAUAAAUGAGAUAAUAUCGAAUUGGAAGUGAGCGAAUAUCAAUGGAUUUGAUUGUAAGGAAUAGAGAACAGUUUCACACCGAUAUUCAGUAAUAAGAACAUCAAAUUAACAUAAUCAAGUCUUGUAUAAAAUUCAUUUAGUUUAGUACAGAAAUCAUUUAAUAUUUUCCGAUUUCCAUGAGAAUGUAAGUGAUAGUGUGACUGACGCUUUCUAUUAUUAUUAAUAUCAACUCUAGGAAUGAUAUCACACAUGUUCAAAUGGCAUAUGACUGUAGUGAUUUUAUGCACAUUAAGCAUGAUGGAGAUUGAAUCAGCCACUUUUAUGGUACCAAUUGAGUUUUACGAGACAGGACAAAUGUAUGUUUCACUGGACGGAGUGAACAUUUCACUCAAUUCUAAUCAUAUGUUAACAAUGAAAAACAGACAUUGCACUACAACAAUUUCUUUAGCAUCACCAAGUGAGGAAGAAAUAGCAACUCAAACUGGAUAUCGUGAGGGCACUGUACUUUGUAGACCACGGAUAUCAUAUCGAUCCUAG